ACGGGGAGACUAGGCGGCGGCGGCGAAAAUCGGGGAGGAAACAGUACGCACAGCACAGCACGCCUGAAGUCGGUGUCCCGCUGUUUGUCCGAACGUUAGCUAACCCCGCGCGCUCUCUCGUUCGCUCUCUCGGAUAUAACCAACGCACGCACCCGGAGGACAGCGGACAGAGGGGGGAACAUUAUGGCGACGUUGGGACCGGAGUCGGCUCGUCCUCCUCUUUCCCAGCUCGUUUCUUCUCAGUCGAUCCAGAGUCACAUCGGCAGCGCCAACCUUCCGCCCAACCGGGGCUUGGAGCGGGCGCUGGAGGAGGCAGCGGCCAGCGGCGUCCUCAACCUCAGCUCCCGAAAACUGAAGGAGUUUCCCCGGACAGCCGCCAACCACGACUUGACGGACACGGUGGAAGCAGACCUUUCAAAGAACAGACUGACUGAUGUCCCCUCAGAGGUCUGCCACCUGGUUGCCUUGGAGACACUAAACAUGUAUCACAACUGCAUCAGGACCAUCCCUGACACCAUCAUCAGCCUGCAGUCACUCACCUCCUUAAACCUCAGCCGGAACCAGCUGGGCUCUCUGCCGGCCUGUCUGUGCGGUUUACCUCUGAGAGUCCUCAACGCCAGUAACAACAAGCUGGUCAGCCUGCCAGAGACCAUCGGACAGCUGCACAGCCUCAUGGAGCUGGACAUCAGCUGCAAUGAGAUCACGGCUCUUCCUCGCCAUAUCGGCAGACUCAAAGCUUUGCGAGAAUUAAAUGUACGCCGAAACCUUCUCUGUGUCCUGCCAGAAGACCUGGCUGAACUUCCUCUGGUGAAGUUUGACUUCUCCUGUAACAAGGUGUCGACCAUCCCAGUGUGUUACAGGAACAUGAAACAGCUUCAGUCCCUCCAAUUAGAAAACAACCCACUGCAGAGUCCACCUGCACAGAUCUGUAUAAAGGGUAAAGUUCACAUAUUCAAGUAUCUGAGCAUCGAGGCGUGUCGCAGUGAGAAGAUGCCCGACUCUCUCUACCUGCCCGUCAUGGAGAGACUCAGCCUAUCGCGACCCACCACCGGCAGUGUGGAGGACAUGGAGCAGCAGAAGAAGCAGGACAGCGACUCAGGAGUCGGCAGCGACAACGGAGACAAGAGACUGUCUGCUACUGAGCCAUCAGAUGAAGACAGCCUGAGUCUCAACGUGCCGAUGAGUCACAUCACGGAGGAGGAGGGAAUCAGUAAAGACGACUCGAGUGAACACAUCUGCUCCCUAACAGCAGACCCAAACUCCGACUCGGUCCGUCUGAUUGAGGAGAGCCCUACGGAAGCCCUGAGGGACCAGUUCAGCUACAGAGACUCUGCCCUCAGCACUCGCUUCGUCAACUACAUCAAGGGUCGGACAGCAGCAGACUUGGACGAGCCCCUCAGGAUAGAAGAAGACUCACACUGGCCAACAGAACAAAUGUCAAAGGUCACAGGGGGCACAGAGCUCCACAUUGACAUGAUCAACCAGUUGAAGGAGGCUGUGGAGCUGCUGCAGGACCCCAGCAGAGUGAAUACAGAGCAGGACGAUCCGUCUGGAGUCCAGCUCUACCCAGUGGAAAUGGUCACAGUGGAAGAGUCACUUAAUGGGCAGGACAGUGAUGACGGCUUCACCACACAAAAGCAGCACACGAAGGAAGGUGGCUAUGAGUUCCAGAAGAAGAGACAGAUGAUUCUAGAGAAGGCCAAGUUUGAGGCCCAGCUUGCAUGCCGGGAGUAUGAAUGGCAUAUGUCAAUCAAGCGAGAUGACAGAUCUCCAGCCAGUGGACCUCCAUCCUUCUCCAGCCCGGUGUUUGGACUGAAGCCCCGAUCAGCCCCGCCCUCACUGCCCUGCUCGCCCCCUCCUUCCUGUCUUGACCCCUCCCUCCUCUCACAGGCCUCAUUCCUCCAUAGAGAUACACCUCGUAGCCAUGACGUCGGAGGCAUGCACAGCCGUGUGUUCCUGCGGAGCCACAAGAGUCUGGAGUCUGUUGAUCCUCAGUUCACCAUGAGGAGAAAGAUGGAGCAGCUGCGAGAGGAACUGGAGCUUAUGGAGCAGCUGCGAGAUAGCAUCGAGAGCAGACUGAAGGUUGUCCUUCCUGAGGACCUUGGGUCAUCUCUGAUGGACGGCGUUGUGCUCUGCCAUCUGGCCAAUCACAUUCGCCCGCGCUCUGUCGCCAGCAUCCACGUUCCCUCGCCUGCAGUGCCCAAACUCAGCAUGGCCAAGUGUCGGAGAAAUGUGGAGAACUUCCUGGAUGCCUGCAGAAAAAUUGGUGUACCGGAGUCUUCCCUCUGUUCACCUUAUGACAUCAUCCAGUGCCGCCUGCAGCCGGUUCGCGCCACAGUUGAGGCGCUGGUUGCCUUGGAUACAACCUCUCUGGACAGGAAACAGGAAAAGGCAAUCGCGACUCCAAACCCCACCUCCUCUGGGGGGUCAAAGACUCCCUCAUUGGUUUCUGUUACCACUCAAACUCCGCCUGCUGCAUGGCAAAUCUGGGACCUUAUUGGCUCAAGCCUGCUUCACGUCCUCUGCCUAGUUCUGCUAUUCUUGGCCUAUAGUUGGAGUGAGCUAACGUAACCGUUCCUGUCCGUCACCUGCCAGCUCCGUCCUACUUCUGCCCAGUCUAGUCCUCUUUAUUUUUGCUGCGUUUAUGUCACAUGGGGAAAAAACCACAUGCAAAAAUAAACUACUGUUGAUGUUCGUUAGUGUCAACAUUUUUGUGAGCUCAUAAACUUUACUGCACAUCAACAAAUAUAGUAUAGUGAUUCAUUAAAGAGUAACUACAUCCAAAAAUGUUACUUUUCUCAGAUAUAAUACAACAGUACUUCUCAUUUUGUUAAGAGUUCCCAGUGGAUAAACACAUGGGCCCAGUAAGACAUGUCUUUAGUAUAAAAAGAUUAUAUGCUCAGUAUAAAAAAAGGAUUUGUGGAGGCAUAGCCAAUGAUUUUUGCAAGAUUAUGAUCAGGUCCAUAAUGACAUAUAAAAGAUGGACGUUGUGUCCCCACUUCCUCCCACUGUACAAAAAUGAAGCCAAAAUAUCCUGGAUACAGCUGCUGCCAUCUUUCACCACUCUGAGCCAGAGUCUGCGAUGUAGCGGUCGGGGUCACUGCCGCAGUAUGGAAGUCCCGCCCAUAUCCUUGGCAGACUUAAUCGUGAGCAUGACUCAGUUGUCAUGACAAUCAAUCAUGACAGGAAACCCCCUUUUUAGCUUCAAAUAAUAGAAAAAUGAACACUUGAACAUGGAUCAGCCUGAUAAGUUUUACCUAAAAUGACAGAAACCCUCUUUGGUCAAAUUUAUUUGACUUGUACUUUGAUUUUGUUUUGUGUUUGUCCCUUCUGCUAACAUGGGGGCAGCAGGCUUUAUAUACUGCAGUCAGGUACCAGAGGGCGAAAGAGAUGUUUUGGCCUCACUUUAGGAGAACUGUCAUUUUAUCCAUUUUUAUAUAUGUAUGUUUCAGAGCUAGACUUCCCAAACACUGGUAGGAAACGCCCUAGCCAAGCUACAAGACCCACAUAGAAAUUCUCUCAAGGAGACAUAAAUGCUCCUCUAGCGGCUGUUAAAGCUCCAUCACACUCCCUGUGUUUGGGACAUGAAAGCCUGACAGUAGUUGCUCAUUGCAGGUCAGCUCUGACUAAAAGAGGCCGAGCAAAAUAUAAGGGUGUACUUACUCUUUAUGUUAUACACUAAACCAGUGAAAAUUCAAAAACUACUUUCAUGACACUUCAAUUGUCCCGUCUGGGAUUAAUAAAAUUGAUAUAAUCUAAUCACCAGAACACAAAAUCAUCAGUUCAUCCCAUGUGGUAUGAAUGCACCUCUCCUCAACUUCUGCUCCUUGUUUUUUUCUUCUUCUUGCCCUUUUAGGAAAAACAACUCACAGACGUGUUUGUGUCUUUGCAAUAAACAGAGACUGAAAGCAGGACAUGUGGAACAGCAGGUUACUUAAAGUCACUCAUGUCUUAUGAACAUGCUGUACAGCAGGGAUAAUUUGAUCUGUGCAGGAAUGAGAGGACUCAUAACACUAGGAUCAAAUUCUUGUUUUGUUCAUCUGUUAAAAACUAUGAAAAAACAAAAACAUGAGGCAUAUUAACACCAUGUUGGAAGAAGAAAAUGAAAAAUUGUGCCAGUAUUGAUGUCUCCUUGAAAAAACAAAUUCAGUGUUUGUGUUCCGAUUUUUUAUGUAUUUCUAUAUUAAUACUGUGCACAGUAUACAGUUUGCUGAAAUGUACCAACAGCCAUUUGGCACCAUCAUGGAAGUCUAAUGAACUAGUAACUAUAACUGGCUAUAGGCAGUCUUUAAGAAAUUAUAACAACUGGGUGUCAAUCCAUUUAGUAAUUCUUUAAACAAAAAUAAAUGGUUUUAAAUUGUUGCCAGUGUAGAUUAUGAUGACUGGCUGUGUUUACAUGCGCAUGAUAUAAAAAAAAUCACAGUAGUCACAAGUCACAAGAAAGUCUGAAGUCAGUACACUCAAGUCUGAAAUUUGUGAAAUUUUGGUAUCAUAUAUGUGUGAAAUUUUGGUAUCAUAUAUGUCAACUGGUGCUCAGCAACAUAACAUCAGUUCUUCAUGGCUACUGCAACUUGACUCGAUGCUGCUGGAUCGGAAUAAAUAGCGUUAACGUUGUUGAUUCAGGAAAUUAAUUGAUCGGCGGCACACUUAUUAAAUAACAUACUUUUUAUUUAUUGGGACCUGGGGGAAGGUAUUAAGUAUUUUUGAGUCACAAGUCCAACUGAUGUCAAGAGUCAUUGGUUUUGAAAUCCAAGUGGAUUUGCAGGCCUGUUUUAAUUUUGUCAAGUGGAGUCUGAAGUCAUCAAAUUUGGGACUCCAUUCUGAUUCAAGUUCAAUUCAUGUGACUCCAGUCAACAGCCCUGAUACUAAGCCACAUAAAUUGCUGAAGAUACACCCUCCACAUUAUUUUUCUGUGUGACUGGUCCCUUGCGGCUGCAUCUGCAGCGAUGCUUCACUCGAGAGUCGAGGUCUUGUCCAUUCUCACCGCGAGACAAAGGCAUCUUCCAGCAAAAGAGGACAGUGAAAGGAUCUGUUGGUAGUCAUAUCCACAUAUUUCACUACAGUUUAAACUUUUCAAACCUUUUCAAAGUAAAAGCACUGUUGUAAUCUUUUAUUUAACAUGACUUCACUUUUGAAAGGAUCUCCAGAAGUGAGCGGGUUGAAGGGCGGUAUCUUUCCUCUGCUCUCUCUCUCUCUCUCGCUCUCGCUGUCUCUCUCUCUCUCUUUCUGUCUCGCUCGCGUUCUCUCAGGUAAACAAACCAACCACACAAGCUUUCUGAUUACCACUCUUCAGAUUUACGUUUAAACUAUAUCGCAUUGUAAAUUAAAUGAUAGGAACAUUUAGAUUGUUCGUGCACAUUAUUCAGGGCAAAAGUGUAUAGGGAAAGAUAGGGCUGGUAGCAGCAGCAGCUCUGCAGCAGCUGACACGCUCUUGAUCUGAACGCCACAGGUGUGGGAGAUGCCACACGCUGCUGGUUUUUUACACAAACGUUUGGGAAGUCGUCUCUUUGGAAAAGGGCAGGUGAUUUGAUGAACCCAUCUAUCACUGUCUAUCACGGGCAAACUUCAACCAAUCAGAUGGUAAAUGGACUGUACUUGUAUAGCGCCUUUCUAGUCUUCCGAUGACAUGGCACAUUCGCCCAUUCACGCACAUUCGCCCAUUCACACACAUUGGGAAAAACCUUCAGUACUAAUCUUUGCUCUUCUUUCAAUGAAGAAAUGCUCUCCAGUUCUGAUCAAAUUGAUGCUAACAACAUCUACGCUAACCUCUUUAGCAGCCCUCAUUGUUGUUAUCAAGCCAAAAUUACUUCCCACAGACCCAGACCCAGAUUGGUCUGAUCCACUGUGGUUGGACACAAACACAUAGCUUAAAGACUGGCAAGAUGGAUUCUUACGUGAUUGUGAUUUUGCGAGUCCAGCUGCCUGGCAGUGUUACAGAAUUGGACCAGAAUGAACUAACGUUUGUUAGACGGUUAACUUAACAAAUACUGUGGUUGGCCAACAAACAAUCUAAAUAAAAUAUUGAAAUGGGUCCUUUAGAUGUUGGUCAGACAGAAAUUAUCCAUGCCCACCAAAUUAUUCUGAGAACGCUGUGUUCUUUACUGCUUUAAAGAAUUCAAUCAGAAGUUCUGAAGACCUUCAAUAUGGCUGCCAAAUGGUAAUGCUGAAGCUGCCGUUUUAUCACUGAUGCACUAAAAACAUGGUUUUCAGUGAUGCAAACAAUUCAAUUCAAUUCAAUUCAAUUUUAUUUGUAUAGCGCCAAUUCAUAACAGAAGUUAUCUCAGGACACUUUUCAAAUAGAGCAGGUCUAGACCGAACUCUUUAACAUUAAUUACAGAGACCCAACAGUACCACCAUGAGCAAGCACUUGGCGACAAGGGCAAGGAAAAACUGCCUGUUAAAAGGCAGAAACCUAGGACAGAUCCUCCGGCUCUAGGUGGGUGGUCGUCUGUCUCGACCAGUUGGGGUGAGAGAGAGAGAGAGAGAGAGAGAGAGAGAGCGACAGACAGACAGACAGGUGCACAGCAACAACAGUAUUGGCAAUGGCAGUCAAGCAGGACCAUGGCAGGAGGCUCCACCAGGAUCCAUGAGAACCUGCGAGACGAGAAAGCACAAGAACUCCGGGGAAGAAGUGGAGUUAGUAACAUGCAUUAAAGGGACAUGAAUGAGUGCAGAAAGAGAGAGGAAGAGAGUAGCUCAGUGCACCAUGGGAAAUCCCCCCGAUAGUCUAGGCCUAUAGCAGCAUAACUAAGGGAUGGUUCAGGACUCACCUGAUCCAGCCCUAACUAUAAGCUUUAUCAAAGAGGAAUGUCUUAAGCCUACUCUUGAAUGUGGUGAGGGUGUCUGCCUCCCGAACCACAACUGGAAGCUGGUUCCACAGGAGAGGAGCUUGGUAACUGAAGGCUCUGGCUCCUGUUCUACUUUUAGAGACUAUAGGAACCACAAGUAGCCCAGCAUUCAGAGAACGUAGUGUUCUAGUGGGGUAAUAGGGUACUAUGAGCUCUUUAAGAUAUGAAGGGGCCUGACCAUGAAGAGCUUUAUAGGUGAGGAGGAGGAUUUUAAAUUCAAUUCUACAUUUUAUAGGGAGCCAAUGCAGAGUAGCUAGUACAGGAGAGAUGUGAUCUCUUUUUCUAGUUCCUGUCAGUACUCGUGCUGCAGCGUUCUGAAUUAAUUGGAGCGUUUUAAUGGACUUAUUGGGGCAACCUGAUAAUAAAGAGUUGCAGUAAUCCAGCCUUGAAGUAACAAAUGCAUGGAUUAGUUUUUCUGCAUCUGUCUGUGAUAGUAUGUGUCUAAUUUUUCUAAUAUUACGUAAAUGAAAGAAGGCAGUCCUAGAGGUCUGCUUUAUGUGGGAGUUAAAUGACAAAUCCUGAUCAAAGAUAACUCCAAGAUUCCUGACAGUGGUGCUAGAGGCCAAGUUAAUGCCAUCUAGAGUGACUAUAUCUUUAGACAAUGAGUCUCUAAGGUUUUUGGGGCCAAGAACAAGAAUUUCGGUUUUUUCUGAGUUUAACAUCAGAAAAUUGCAGGUCAUCCAGGAUUUUAUGUCCUUAAGACAUGUUUGUAAUUUAGAUAAUUGAUUAAUUUCAUUGGGUUUGAUUGAUAGAUAUAACUGCGUAUCAUCUGCAUAACAGUGAAAGUUAAUGGAGUGAUUCCUAAUAAUGUUGCCUAAAGGGAGCAUAUAUAAAGUAAAUAGUAUUGGUCCAAGUACAGAACCUUGUGGAACUCCAUGACUAACUUUAGUAUUUAUGGAGGAUUCAUCGUUAACAUGUACAAACUGAGAACGAUCUGAUAAGUAUGACUUAAACCAGGUUAGGGCAGUUCCUUUAAUGCCAAUUUGAUGCUCAAGUCUCUGUAAAAGAAUAUCAUGGUCAAUGGUGUCAAAUGCAGCACUAAGAUCUAAUAAUACAAGUACAGAGACAAGUCCAUUGUCAGAAGCAGUCAGAAGGUCAUUAUUAACUUUAACCAGAGCUGUCUCUGUGCUAUGAUGAACUCUAAAUCCUGACUGAAAAUCCUCAAAUAAACUAUUGUUAUGUAGAAAGUCACACAACUCUUUGGCGACUACUUUCUCCAGAAUCUUAGAGAGGAAGGGGAGGUUAGAAAUCGGUCUAUAGUUGGCUAAAACCCCUGGGUCAAGAGUGGACUUUUUAAGAAGGGGUUUAAUUACAGCUACUUUAAAGGACUGUGGUACAUAUCCUGAUAAUAAAGAAAGAUUAAUCAUAUCCAGUAAAGAAGUGCCAAUUAAGGGAACAACUUCUUUAAGCAGCCUAGUUGGGAUCGGGUCUAACAGACAGGUUGAUGGCUUCGAUGAAGAAAUGAUUGAAGUUAACUGAUGAAGAUCGAUAGCAGAAAAACAGUCUAAAUAUACAUCUAAGUUUACAUUGACAGAAGUCCCUGAACUUGGAGAGCCACUGAUAACUGUUGAUGGCAGUUGGUGAUUAAUUUUUUCUCUAAUAGUAAUAAUUUUAUUAUAGAAGAAGCUCAUGAAGUCAUUGCUACUUAAGUUUAUGGGGAUAUGUGGCUCAAUAGAGCUGUGACUCUCUGUCAGCCUGGCUACAGUGCUGAAGAGGAACCUAGGGUUGUUCUUAUUUUCUUCUAUUAGUGCUGAGUAAUAGGCUCCUCUGGCAUUACGGAGGGCCUUUCUAUAAAUCUUAAGAUCAUCUUGCCAAUUUGAGCGAUAUUCUGAUAAUUUGGAAGAGCGCCAUUUCCUUUCAGAUUUCCUAGCUAUUUGCUUUAACUGGCGGGUUUGGUGGUUAUACCAAGGUGCUAGUCUCCUAUGUUUUAAUAAUUUCCUUUUUAUAGGAGCGAUAGAGUCUAAUGUUGAUCGUAGUGAGCCUGUAGCACUAUCGACAAGAUUAUCAAUUUCAGAGGGACUAAAGUUGUUAUAGGACUCUGUUAAAUUCAGACAUGGCAUUGAAUUAAACACUGAAGGAAUCUCCUCCUUAAAUUUAGCUACAGCACUGUCAGAUAGACAUCUGCUGUAGGAAGUUUUGCCUAAUGGCUUAUAAUCUAAUAGUAUGAAUUCAAAAGUUACUAAAUAAUGGUCAGAUAGGAAAGGAUUAUGUGGGAAGACUAUUAAAUGUUCAAUAUCAAUGCCAUAGGAUAAAACAAGGUCAAGAGUGUGAUUAAAACAAUGAGUUGGUUUAUUUACACUCUGACAGAAGCCAAUUGAGUCUAUUAAUGAUAUAAAUGCAUUACUAAGGCUGUCAUUGUCAACAUCCACAUGAAUAUUAAAAUCACCUACAAUAAUUACUUUAUCUGAUUUAAGGACUAAGCUUGAUAGAAACUCUGAAAAUUCAGAUAUAAAAUCAGAGUACGGUCCAGGAGCGCGGUACACUAUAACAAAAGCAGCUUUGUAAGGACCAUGAUUUAAAAUGUGUAGUUUCAGGGUGACUACAGUUGAUGACUUGAAGGUGGAUUUUCGUGGUUGUUCCAAUAUUUCAGAUAAGCACAUGAUUCCUGAAUGGAGGUGUUUAGUGGCUCACCAUUAUAAAACUGCACAAACACUAUAAUUCUUUUCAAAUGUGUGACUAUCAAGUGGUGAGGAACAAACUGAAGCCAUAUUACAAUAGUUAUUGAUUAUUUAAGACAGUUAGAUGUUUUUUUUUAGAAUUUUGAUUUGCCUGAGUUAUUUAAAAUGGUUAUUUGAGUAUAUUUUGAAACUUAAAAAAAUGUGUAUUUUAGUUAUACAUUUAUUUUUUGUCCUGCACCGAAAUGAGAUGACUUUUAAUGUACAUCAACUACUACUGUAUCCUAAUAUGCAAUCUGACUGUUUCUGGAGAACAUUUGAAGGGCUAGAUAGACACUAGAUGAGCUUAUGAAGUUAGAUAUAUCUUAGUCUUGCGGUUUGAUACACAGAGGAUUAGAAUGUCGCUCUGUUUGUAACCUUGAGAGGAUUUAAAUACUGAGGAAUGUGGAUAUUUGCUAUGCCCACUGCAACUUUCAAAAACAUAAUAAUUGCCUGGCCAUGUGAGCAGCUGAUUGGCUGAUGGAUUAAUUCACAGAAACUAAAUUAAUACAGAUGUGUUGGCCUUUAAUUAUUGGUGUCAAAAGAAAAUUUUAUUUAUGAUAUACAGAACACUAACCAGUGUAAGCUGAGUAACUACAAUGUUCAUUUUUGUUACUGUGAAUGUGAAUUACUCAUGUGUUCUGUGAAUUAAUUCUUGCAGUAACUUUCAGUUGUUGACACAUUCUCUGCACAGAUUUUCUAACUUUGUGCUGAUGUGAAUGGAUUUCAUGUAUGAUAUUUGUUAAAGACUGAGGUAAUAAAUGCAGUUAAGGGGGGGAUGUCUGUUCUACGGAGUCAUUGUUUGAGCCGACUUCAGGUGAAAGCUUGAGGACAUGCUACCCACUGUCUUUUUAAACGUCAUAACAUAAAGCACCUUGUGUAACUCAAGUGUAUGAAAUGUGCUAUAUGAAUAAACUUGCCACGCUUUAAAGAAAUUUAAUUUUAUGCUAAUUUGCUUUCUUGCUGCGAAAUAGCUGAGAAGAUGGAUACCACUCUUGUAUCUUGCCGUUAAAUAUGAAGCUACAGCCAGCAGACGGUUAGCAUCCUGCACAUAACCCCUUUAACUCUAGGUGGAACACAGGAAAGUGUUAAUUAGUAACUUUUAGAGGUGAUUGUUGUUUGUUUUUAUUUUAUUUAUUUUUUUACCUUUGGACAGAGCCAGGCCACCUGUUUCCAGUAUUAAUGCUAAGCUAAGCUAACCGUCUGCUGGCUGUAGGUUCAUAUUUAAUGUACAGACAUGAAAGGGGUAUUUAUAUUCUCAUCUAACUCUCGGCCCGAAAGCAAAUCAGCAUGAAUGCCAAACUGUUCCUUUCACAACAUAAUCCAGAACUCUACAGCACUGAUUCCCAACCUUUUUCCUUAAGGGACCCUUGUUCAUUGAGUAAACUGACUAAGUGACAUAUUUUAUGGAUAUUUUACAUUAUAUCCAAUGCAUAACAAUAACUGUAGAGAACAACUGAUAAACUGUACAAUGAACCCAAACAGUGAACACAAUAUCUGCAGGAUGUUUGUGUAAAAUGAGAGAUUUGGAUGAUUUUUUGUAACAUUCACACACACUUAAUCACCUUCUUUUUUGACAAAUACAGUGUUCCUGAAACUUGGCCAUUGUUCUAGUAGCUCUUUGGUUGUUUUAACAGCAUAUUUUUCUAAUGCACAAUGAGCCUUCACAAAGAGUCAAUAUAGCUUGUGUUCAGGUCUUCAAAGCUUAGCUUUCCCAUUCCUUCCAAGGAGAAACUACAGGGGCCAUGAAAUAUUCAAUUUUAUAUUCCAUUUCUGCCAGUAGAUUCACCUAAAUGUUGCACACCACAGUUAAAUUAAAAAAAACUAUCUAUCUUUGAAAAUAACAUUUUCAUUUAGUUUUCUUCACAGAAAUGCAAAUGUGUAUAAUAUUAUAAAAAAUAAAAAAAACUCUUGGGGUGGUAUCUGUGUCAUCCUCAAGCUCGGGUCCUCUACCAGAGGCCUGGGAGUUUGAGGGUUCUGCGCAGUAUCUUAGCUGUUCCUAGGACUGUGCUCUUCUGGGCUGAGGCUUCUGAGGUUGUUCCUGGGAUCUGUUGGAGCCACUCCCCCAGUUUGGGGGUCACUGCCCCGAGCGCUCCUACUACCACGGGGAUCACGCUCGCCUUGACCUUCCACAUCUGCUCCAGCUGUUCUUUCAACCCUUGGUACUUUUCAACCUUUUUGUGUUCCUUCUUUCUGAUGUUGGCGUCUGCUGGUAUGACCACAUCUAUCACCACCGCUUUCUUCUGCUCCUUGUCUACCACCACUAUGUCUGGUUGGUUGGCCAGGACCUGUUUGUCAGUCUGGAAGCUGAAGUCCCACAGCACCUUGGCCCUGUUGUUCUCAGCCACCUUCUGUGGUGCGGCCCAUUGGGAUUUGGGUACUUCUAUUCCAUACUGGGUACAGAUGUUCCUGUACACUAUUCCAGCCACUUGGUUAUGUCUUUCCAUGUAUGCUGAUCCGGCUAGCAUCUUACACCCUGCUACUAUGUGCUGGACUGUCUCAGGGGCAUCUUUGCAUAGUCUGCACCUUGGGUCAGAUCUACUCUUGUAGAUCUUGGCCUCUGUGGCUCUUGUACCUAGGGCCAGUUCUUGUGCUGCCAUGAUCAGUGCCUCUAUGCUGUCUCUGAGUCCAGCCUUUUCCAGCCAUUGGCAGGUCUUCUCGAUAUCAGCCACUUCUUCAAUUUGGCGGUGGUACAUGCCAUGUAGGGGCUUGUCCCUCCAGGUUGUCUGCUCCUCUUCCUCCGCACUCUUAUUGGGUUUCUGUUGCCUGAGACAUUCACUUAGCAGUUCAUCCUUUGUGGCCAUUUUUCUGAUGUACUCUUGGAUUUUUGAUGUUUCAUCCUGGAUAGUGGCUUUGAUGCUCACUAGUCCUCGGCCUCCCUCUUUCCGCUUAGCGUACAGUCUCAGGGUGCUGGAUUUGGGGUGAAACCCUCCGUGCAUUGUGAGGAGCUUUCUUGUCUUGAUAUCUGUGGCUUCUAUCUCCUCCUUUGGCCAGCUUAUGAUCCCAGCAGGGUAUCUGAUGACCUGCCAUUCAGCUGACUUUUCAGGACCUGCCUUACUCUCUCUGGAGGUAUUUGGUUGUGGUUGACUUCCUUGCGGCUUCCUCAUGGUUUCCAUUAGCCUGUGGGAUACCAAGGUACUUGUAGCUGUCUUGGAUAUCACCUAUGUUGCCCUCUGGUAGGUCAACCCCUUCAGUUCUGAUCAUCUUGCCUCUCUUUGAGACUAUCCGGCCGCACUUGUCAAAUCCGAAUGACAUCCGACCAGUAUCUGGUGCUUGGCUCCUCUGGUGUUGCUACCAAUUCCCUUCUGAGCCCCGCUCAUGUAUUGAGCUACGUGCUUACUCGUCUUAGCCGCGAUGAUGCCUGACAGGGCCUUCCAUGUUGUGGAGAGACAGGUUAUUGGCCGGUGGCUGGAUGGGAUGGGUCCCUUCUUAGGGUCCUUCAGGAUUAGGACCAUCCUGCCCUGGGUUAGCCACUCUGGGUGGCCCACCCAGGAAAUAACAUGAACCAGCUGCUAAGGGAUGUUCAUCUGUGCUGCUAGGCGUUCAUGGAGUGCUGUUAGCUUCUUCAGCCAGUAGGCAUGGAUCAUAUUGGGGCCUGGUGGUGUCCAGCCCUUCAUCUUUGACACUCUUUCUUGGAUGUCUGCCAUUGAGAUGGUUACUGGUUCUUGUUCUGGCAGGUUGCUGUGGUCUGCUCUUAGGUCCACUAGCCAUUGGGCAUCUGGGUUGUGUGAUGCCUCUUUUUCCCAUAUGGCCCUCCAGUAUUCCUCCACCUCAGCUCUUGGUGGGUCUGACCUGUUGUUAUUUCCUCCCUGCCACUGAGAGUACACCUUGGCUGGUUCAGUGGAGAACAACUUGUUUAUUCUCCUGGCCUCUGCCUCCUUGGUGUAUCUCUUCAACCGGUUGGCCAGUGCUGUUAGUUUCUGUUUGGCAGUUUCGAGUGCUUCAGGUAUGGAGAGCUUAGUGUAUCUCCUGGGUUUAUUCACCGUGUUGCCCCUCUGCAGCUCAUCCUGUAUCCAAGAAUUUCUAGGAUUACUGUUGCUGUACUGUGUAUCAGCUUAUUGGUCUCAGUGAUGGUUCCCAUGGGGAUUUUUCUUAGUGCAGCAUUCACAUCCACUAGCAGAUCUUCUGCAGGUACUUUACAAGUCAGCUUCGGUAUUCGUCGUGGGUUCCAGGUUUCUAAUUGGGCCAUGAUCUUCAUUCUCAGCUCUUGUACUGAGGCUGUUGGUAUUUGUUGUGGCUUGGUACCCAACCUCUGAUUGUGGGGGUGAUGGUGGCAUCCCCCCGCUGACCUGUCGUCCUGGCGCCCCCUUGCCAUAGCAUCAUUGUUGUAUCUUAUCGAUCUCUAGUUGUGAUAGGAGUUUUCGAUUGCAGAUGUUAGAACACUGGGCUAACAGCUGUUUCGUUGUUAGCCUUGAUUGUGGGUUUCGACGUAACCAAUGGUCCCACAUUCGUUGCAUGUAUCCCUUCUCUCUGGGGUUGCUCAUAUAGUAGCAUUCUAACAGUUCCGUGUUUUCCGCCCUUGUCCAUCUAUGUCUUGUUCCAGUAGUAAUUUCUUUCUUUCGCUAGUCAACGGGGCACAGAGUAACAUGAAAAGAAAUCGCUUUUUAUACCACUAACAAGACUCAAAAUAGCACCACACUUACAAGGUAGCAUAAUGAGGACCCCUAUGUAUAAACCACAGCAUUGAGAACUUUGUAAGUGUACUUUUAUUAGUUUAUUAAAAAGAUAGUUUAGAACAACAGUAGCGUUCGUGUAUACAAGCGGGCGCUAUCUUGGGAAAA